AUGUUAGCAUAUAUCUAUUGGACAAAAUCAGUUACCGAAGAUAAUUUAGGUGUAUUGUCUUUUAAUGGAUUUAGUAAUUAUGAUUUUAUAAGGAUAUCAGCUAUUGAUCGAUGUUUAUCAAGAAGAUCUUCAGUUACAUCUAUCGUAUCAGUAUUUUCUAAUACAUCUGUAUCUAAUGCUGUUGCAGAAUCUUUAAGUCAGAAAUUGUAUACAUCAAUACAAGAUUCUAUUUUGUCAAAUAUAACAGUAGCUAGCAAUGGUAUUCCAAAACCUUAUAGAAGUAAAGCUAAAAAUAUUUGUAGAGAGUUAAAAUUACAAAAAAAUAAUUUACGUGAUCUAAUUAAAGCUGGAGUAUUAGAUUUAAAUAAAAAAUG